AUGGCUCAAUUGCAUAGCCUCGUCGAUCAAGCAAGAUCCAUUUCUCCCUUCAUCGUAGCUAGCAGUCUUCUGGGACUUUGGGUCUUGUACCAGCUGUUCUCUUAUCUUCGCGACCCAUUGAGGGACGUUCCAGGUCCCUUGUUGGCACGGUUCACCAGGCUGUGGUAUCUGAGGGAGGUUGCAAGCGGUCGUUUCGAGAAGACCAACAUCGCGUUACACAAGAAAUAUGGACCGAUCGUGCGAAUUGCCCCGCGCUACUAUUCGGUUGAUGAUAUGAAUGCCAUAUCCGUGAUCUACGGCCAUGGAACACACUUUGUCAAGGGCAAAUGGUACAUCGCCUCGAACAAUCCCAGGAACAAGGUGUCGGACCUUUUCACCGAGCUCGAUCCAGACGUGCAUGCCGCGACUCGGCGAAAGGUGGCUUCUUUGUACUCGAUGACAAGUCUGAUCGCAAUGGAGUCCAACGCUGUCGAAUGCGCCCAGCUGCUUGUCAAGAAGUUCGCCGAGUUUGCAGAAAAGGGAAUGCCGAUCAAUUUGCAGGUGUGGCUGCAGUAUUUUGCCUUUGACACAAUUGCGCUCAUCACGCUUAGCAAGAGAUUCGGCUUUCUCGACACGGGCAAGGACAACGGCGGGAUGAUAACCGCCUUGCACUCGUACCUUUCGUAUCUCUCCAAAGUUGGCGUCAUCCAUGAAUGGCAUAGAACAUUCACUUGGAUUCUCUCCUUCCUUCCUUCAGGCGGAAUGCAUUAUAUGGGUGGUUUCAUGCAAGAGCAAGUCUCCGAAGGACAGAGGCAAAAGACAAAAGGCAGUCUUGAAAAGGACGAAUCGAAGCCGACUGACGAUUUCUUAACCAAGUUGCUGCGCAUGCACGCUCUUCAGCCGGACAAGUUCUCCAUGGCAGACGUCUAUGCGACUUGUGGGACCAAUAUUGGCGCCGGCUCGGACACGACUUCAGUCAGUCUGGCAGGUAUAAUGUAUUGCCUGAUGAGAAACCCACAGCCCUUGCAGAAGUUGAGACAAGAGAUUGACCGGGCAAUUGAAGAGCGCGGCUCUGAUGACAUGCUCACUUUCCAGGAAGCACAAAAAUUGCCGUAUCUUCAGGCCUGCAUCAAAGAGGGCUUGCGUAUGCAUCCUGCUACCGGAUUGCCCAUGGUUCGAGUUGUGCCUAAAGGGGGAGCAACGAUUGCAGGACGCUAUUUCCCCGAAAAGACCGAAGUUGGUGUCAACAGCUGGGUUGCCCACGCCAAUCAAAGUAUCUUCGGCGUGGAUGCCGAGGAAUUCAAACCAGAGCGUUGGCUUGAGUCGGCCGAAAGGUCAUCGGAGAUGAACAGGUACAUCAUGACAUUUGGAGCAGGCUCUCGAACAUGCAUUGGCAAGAAUAUCUCAUUGCUCGAAAUCUCCGUCUUGGUCCCGGAGUUGGUGAGAAAGUUCGACUUCACGCUGGUACAUCCAGAACGGCCACUGGAGACUGAGAACGUAUGGUUCGUGAAGCAGAAGAACUUGGACUGUUAUGUCUCAUUGAGGAAGGCAAUAUGA